UCUUCUCUUCCAUCUACCGUCGUACUAUUCUUCAUCGAUCCGUUGACGUGGCGUACAUGUGAAAAUGCAUCAUUGGAGAAGGCCAUCAGUGUCCUUAAUAGCACCUCAACUAAUCGCACUGAGUUGGUAGAAUUCGCGGAGAACUUCUUGUCAACUAAUGCCACGUGUGUGGACUAUGAAGGCAAGGAGGCCUGCGAAUUAGCCGGUGGUGCCUGUCGAACAAUCGUGGAUGGCUACUACUUGAUGUCUGGUGUGGGUUUCGUGUGUGGCAUUGUCGGCUUCUACUUCCUGCAUAAAAUGUCCAAGUACUUAGAUGGAAAGACUGUGGAGGAAUACAGAGUGCACGAAAAGUCCGAAUCACCUGAAACGUCAGAAAGUUUCUGA